AUGUACCAACACAGCACGCAGCUCAGUCGGCAUCAGCAGUCUGUCUUGUCGAUCAUCGAGCGCGUAUGCUCAUGCGUGUCUGUGGUUGGCUCGGGUGUCGUCAUUGCGACCUUUGUCAGCUCGAGGGAAUUUCGCAAACCGAUCAAUCGCUUGAUCUUCUAUGCGUCAUGGGGCAACCUCCUAUCGAAUGUUGCGACUCUCAUUGCCGAGUCCAGUCUGCAGGAUAGUCCCCAUGGCGCCCUGUGCCAGUUCCAGGGGUUCAUGAUUCAGUGGUUCUUGCCAGCGGACUCUCUGUGGGCGCUCGCCAUGGCGUACAAUGUGUACCUGGCGUUCUUCAAGCAUUAUGAUACCAGGCGUCUAGGGAUGCUCGAGUGGAAGUAUGUGCUUUUCUGUUAUGGAGUGCCAUUUAUUCCGGCGUUCGUCUAUCUCUUCCUCAGCUCCGAGUCGAGGGGCAAGGUAUACGGCGAUUCUGUGUUAUGGUGCUGGGUCUCGCUGCAGUGGGACUUUCUCCAGAUAGCCGUAUUCUACGGACCAGUCUGGUUCAUCAUCUUGCUCAUCCUCGCCAUCUACAUCCGUGUUGGCUUAACCAUCUGGCGACAACGACGUGAACUGAGAAAGAUCAUCAGGCCGACUUUCGAACUUGCCACAGACACCACCGUGUCGGGAGACGUUGAUCUCCACGGAACAGUACAACCAGUGCCACUUGAUAGCUUCCGGCGACACUCAACCAGAGAGCGGAGUCCUACUUCUACUCCUAAUUCAUCCCAUCGAAUAAUUUCUCCCGAUGUCUGGUCUACUCAGAAUCAUGCUGGUCUUCGAAAUGCCCCUCCUGGUACUGCAGUCUCUGUUUCCUCCAACGUCUCUCCUACAGCCUCGACUUCAAUCAGCCACCACAACUACGAUCUAGGCCGUUCCGGCGCAUACACUAGCCCUGCGUCGGAAGCGUACUACAAAUAUGCCCUUCUCUUCUUUGCGGCAUUAAUUGUCACAUGGGUCCCUUCAUCUAUCAACCGUGUUUAUGCGCUUGCCGCCUCGAAUCACUAUGUCUUCGGCUUGAGUUGCGCCUCGAGCUUCGCUCUUCCUCUGCAGGGAUUCUGGAAUAGUCUUAUCUACAUUACUGUGUCGUGGCACGCCAUUGUAACCUGGUUUCGACAUGUCGGUAACCAGGCGCGGCGCACCUCCAGUGCUACGCUUCGACCUUUGAAAUCUUCCUUGCGUCGUUUGAGUCGGGACUGA